AUGGCCGUUCGUCCUAUCAUGGUCUCGAUCGUUGGUCAUAAAUUCCUUGUGGCAGUAGCAUUUGGUGCUGGAAUCCUCAUAGUUGUAUGCAAUGCAGGCUGCUUAAGAGGUGAAAGCAAAACCAAAUUAGAACCUAAAGGGUGCUACUUUAGAAAAAAGAUUUAUCCACUCAACAGUCACUGGCGGACCAAGGAUUGUAUGGACUGCACAUGUGAUUCUCAUGGAAACUAUGAAUGCUGCACAAUUUAUGGCACACCAGGAAACUAUGAUAAGGAGAGAUGCAAGUUUGUGUUUGACAAGAAGGAGUGUGUUUACAAACUGAUUCCGAAUAAAGAUCCGACCAAGCAGUGUGAAACGUACGGAAUGGUGGGAUAA